AUGAUUGAAUUAUCGGACGAAAUGUUGGGUACAAUUGUGCCGAUAAUUUUGUAUUGGGUUUAUGCCGGGAUUUACGGCGUGCUAGGACACGUCGACAAAUUCCGGUUACAUCCGGCAGCGAAAGAGGAGGAGAACUUAGUGUCGAAGAAAGAGGUUAUCUUCGGCGUUUUACUUCAGCAGGCCAUUCAGGCAGCCGUCGCCACCGUCCUCUACGCCGUCCAAGGCAAGCCGGCGGUCGAAAACGAAACCCCCGCGCACGUAUCCCCGCUAGUCAUCUCCGUGCAGUUCCUGGUGGCGAUGGUGGUGAUGGACACGUGGCAGUACUUCAUGCACCGGUACCUUCACCACAACCAGUUCCUCUACAAGCACGUCCACUCUCAGCACCACCGCCUCGUGGCCCCCUACGCCUUCGGUGCUCUCUACAACCACCCUCUCGAGGGCCUCCUCAUCGACACCGGCGGUGGGGCCCUCUCGUUCCUCCUCUCCGGAAUGUCCCCACGCGCCUCCAUAUUCUUCUUCUCCUUUGCCACGCUCAAGGCCGUAGACGACCACUGCGGAAUGUGGGUCCCGCGCAACCCGUUCAGGUUUAUCUUCAGCAACAACUCUGGGUACCACGACGUGCACCACCAGCUCGGGGGAAAUAAGUUCAACUUCUCGCAGCCUUUCUUCAUCACGUGGGACCGGGUGCUCGGGACCCACAUGCCGUACGUAGUCGAGGAAAGAGAAGGAGGCGGUCUUCAGGCGAGGAUGGUUAAGAAGAAGAUUGUUUAG